AUGAAAUAAGAUUAAAAUUAACAAUAGCCUGUGGCUAAAAAGAAAUCAGUUCCCUUCUCCAAAAAGCUUAAAAGAGCAAAGAGGCAUUUCAUUAAAUUUUUAAAUAGCCCAAGUACUAUUUAGGGCUUCUAUUUUUGCAUCUAAACAAUGUUUAAUUAUAUUGGAAUUGCAUCGUUAUUGCUUCUAAUAUAUUACUUCCUUUACUAAAGUUUUAUCUAUUUCAUAAUAGUAUCAUCAAUACUAUCUCUAUUCUAUGUGACUUACUAAGGAGUGAAUAUCAUUCAUUACAAAACAAUAGGUGAUAUACAAAAUUUUGAUGAUACAAUGUAAGAAUCAUAAAAGGAUGCCUAAAAUGAAACAAAAGGAUGUAAAUAUUAUUGUAAAAUGCUUGGAAUAACAAUUGCUUCACUCUUACUUUUAGACCUUCCAAUACUGAAUUUUUAAAUCACUAAACAAGUUAAAUUAAUUGAAGAUUAAUUGCAAUUAGAAGAUGAGCGAUAUACAAAAAAGAAAAAACAAGCCAACAAAGUUUAAGAUAAGUAACCAUAAAUUGAUGUGAAACAAUUAACUGCUGAUUAUGCUAUUAAAAUUGCUUCCUUAAGAACCUAAAAAAAAUAACGAUAGUGGUUAAUUCCCUAUAAAUUUGGAUUCUCUGCUAUAUUUGGAUAUAUACCUGCAAUUUUUGUGAUGGCUGUUUGGCUAAUAGGCAAUCAAUAAUAAAUUGAUGUUUUUGGUAAACUGUAGAACAUAAUUCUCACAACAAGUUAUGGAUGCAUGGUGUUCGCAAGUGUUAUCUGUUUAUAUGAGAUUUAAUUUUUUGAUAAAUCAGCUUCUACCCUUAAAGAUGCUUUUAAGUGGUUUUUAUGUAGAUAUGUAGAAUUACUAUGCAAAUCUUUAUUAAUAGGCUAUUAUAUCAAGUUUAGCGAAUUUGAAACUAUACCCCUUUUAAUAAUUGGAGUAGGAUAUUUAAUCUAUAGUAUUUCAUGCACAUUUUUAUUUACUUUAUUUGAUUAUUAAAAAAGCGAGGAGGUCAAUUCAUCAUAGCAAUAAUCUGUUGAAAGACAAGAUGAUGAAAAACAAGAUGGUAAAAUAUAGGAAAAUUAAGAACAGCCUAUAGAGAAAGGAGUUUUGUAUGUAAUUAAAAGUUAUAUAAAAUCAUUAUUCUUGAAUAUCUAUGCAAGAACUUUAUUUUUACCUUAUAAAGAAAGUGCAUUAGGAAUGAAAACACUCUCUUUUUAUUAAGUAACCUUUGGAAUAGACAAAAAAAUGAUUCGGGAAGAGGUGGCAAGUGAUGGAUGGAAAAAUUGGAUGAUUACUUAUGAUCAAUCUAAGAAAUUUGGUCUUCCCAGAAGAUCUUAUACACACAUAGUAUAAUCAUUAAGAUUUUUUGAAUUGUUCCACUUAGCUUUAUUUUCGAUAUGUUAAAACAUCAUCUAAGGUUAAUAUCUUGAAAUUGUGGAACCAAAGAAAGUAUCAUUAUAUUAUUCAGGCAAAAUUGUAACUGUUGCUAGCAUAGUUAUCUUAUUGUUUUAUUAUCUUAGAGCAGGAUAUAGAACCAUUCAUGAAAAAUAAUUAGAUAUCACAGGAAUUGAUGAAUGA